AUGGCCAAGGGUCCUGCUAGAGGCCACCAGGGAGCUGAGAGGCGGCUGGCUCACCUGAGGUCUCUGGAACCCAGGCCACCUCAGGGACAGGGGCAGGAGCACAGACAAGGGCCUGGGCAGGGAUGCGCCCAUGCCAGAGGCGCCGCCUCGGUGUGCUGGGAAGUCCAGAGCCAGGGUUCCGACCCCAGGGCGUUCCGACUCCCGCCCUGGGCCGCGGGGGCCACGGGCCGCGGGCCCAAGGUCAGCAGCGCAGCGUUGCGCGCACUCGGGUUCGGCGGACAGGGCCAUGCCGUGGGCCGGAAAGGCGCGGCCCGCAAGUCUGGAGCGCAGGUGGCGGCGCUGGGUCGCGCGCACAGAAAGCGCCGCGGAGGGGCGGCCCAGCACCUCAGCACCCUGGCGCUGGGCAGGGACCAGGCCGCGCCCCCCGCCCGCGCUCGACGGAGCUUGCGGGGCGGCAGGGGCGGGGUCAGCGUCCCGAGCGGGAGGUGCUGCGGCGGGUCGGCGCCCCAGACCCCGGGCGGCCCGGUGGAGGUGGGUCGACCCCCCAGGAAGAAGCUCGCCAGGCUCGCGCCGGCCCAGUCGGUGCCCUCCCUGGGCGUGCAGCCCGGGAGAGGCGAGCAGGCAGCAGAGGGGCGCGGGUCUGGCCGCAGCGCCGCGCAGGUCUGCGCCCCCGGCCGCCCGCCACCCAGGCCUGCCCGCCGCUACCUGAAGCGCCCCGGCCGCGCUGUCAACAGGAAACUUGAGAGCUCCAGGGGCGCGGCGGUCGCCCUGUCCCCGGGCCGGAAGCGCGCUCGCCGGCACCCGGGGUCAGGCUCUAGUCAGGCUCCUCGGACCUCGCCUCGGAUACCACCCACCAGACCGCGAGAGCACAAAUUUGCUCCUCCUCUGUCAGGACUUUCCCCAAGGCAAAGUGGUUUGAGAGGGAAUCUGAGAGAACAAGAAGAAAGAGUUGUGUUCCACACUGGAAGGACCUGAGAAAUAAAGGAGAACAGCUGCUGGACAAAAGAGGACCAGCUCAUAACAAGGAAUGAGAACCCAGAGGUCACCAUGACACAGAAGCUUCACCCAGCAAUCCUCAGAAAUCUUGGACAGAACUCUGGGCAAGCCUUAAACAUCUCAAAAUAGACAGAAGUUCCCAUAGCUCAUGAUUUGUCCAAAGGGUAAGUCUUUGAGAAAGAAACGAAUCAGUUGGGAAUCACUGGUAUCUAUCACCUGUCAACUUGUUCACAAAAGAUAAACCCCAGUCAGUGGACCAUUUGCAUAUUUCAUGCCCAUAGCACAUUCCAGAUAAUCUCCACUUGAGCCAGAUCAAUUCCCAGUGAUUUAUGGCAAAGUUCAGAUCUUUUCUAAAUAAACAUAGCAAAAGCUUUACCAAAAUUACUAUUCUGAAAUGUAUUACUUGGAAUUAGGUUCAGCUGAGGGUAACAGAGACCUGAAAUAACACUGAGAUGAAACAAGAGAAAAGUUUCUUUCUCUCUUUCUUUCACUAAAUAGUCCGGAGUUGGGAAUCAUGGGCACUUCACAAAUCCUCAGACUCCUUCCAGCCACCAGUCUACUCUCCCUCUAGUAUGACCCUCUUCUGCCAUGCUUCAUGAAGCAAGAAGGAGAAAGGAUCAUAUGGUAGUUCUAUUUCUAAUUAUUUGAGGAACCUCCAUGCUAUUUUUCAUAGUGGUGGCACCAUUUUGCAUUGCCACAAAAAAUGCACAAGCAUUUCUCCACGUUCUUGCCAACUUGUUGUUUUUUGUUUUCUUGAUAAUAGCUAUCCUAUUAUUGGAUGUGGCAUCAGAUGUGAGGUGAUACUUCAUUGUGGUUCUGAUUUGAAUUUCCCUAAUGAUAAGUAAUAUUGAGCAUCUUUUCAUAUACCUGUUGGCCUUUUGUUUGUCUUCACUGGAGAAGUGUCUAUUAAAGUCUUCAGCCCACUUUUAAAUCAGAUUAUUAGCUAUUGAGUUGUAUGGCUACAUGAUCCAGCAAUCCCACUUCUGCAUAUAUACCCCAAAGGAUUGAAAUCAAGAUCUUGAAGAAAUAUUAGCAUUCCCAUGUUCAUUGUAACACUAUUCACAACAGCCAACAUAUGAAUGCAACCUAAAUGUCCAUCAGUGGAUGAAUAGAUACAGAGAAUGUUAUGUAUACUUAUAAUGGAAUAUUAUUCAGUUUUUAAAAAGAAGGAAGUUCUGCAACAUAGACAAAUGUUACAGACAUUAUGCCAAGUGAAAUAAGCCAAUCACAGAAGGACAAAUACUGCAUGAUUCCCCUUAUAUAAUUUAUCUAAAUAGUCAAAUUCACUCCUCGGGCAAGGGAAACAAAAGCAAAAAUGAACAAGUGGGACUAAAUUAAACUAAAAAGCUCUGUACAGCAAAGGACACCAUCAGUAGAACAA